AUGUACCUGUCCAGUGGUUCUGGGUGUACGGACAGACAUGGCAUGCCGUCUGUGAUGAGAGCUGCAGACAGACCCCUCUUCCCGCCCGGGCUUUCAUCGCAGAUACUGAUGUAG